UUGUUGCAGUGGAAGUGCUAGGGGAGCCCUAUCAUGUCUGGCCGUGGAAAGCAAGGCGGGAAAGUGCGGGCCAAGGCCAAGUCUCGCUCCUCUCGUGCUGGGCUGCAGUUCCCAGUCGGGCGGGUGCACCGGCUGCUGCGCAAAGGGAACUAUGCGGAGCGCGUUGGAGCCGGCGCCCCCGUGUACCUGGCCGCGGUGAUGGAGUAUCUGACCGCUGAGAUACUGGAGCUGGCUGGUAACGCUGCCCGGGAUAACAAGAAAACCCGCAUCAUCCCGCGGCACCUGCAGCUGGCGGUGCGCAACGACGAGGAGCUGAACAAACUGCUGGGGGGAGUCACCAUCGCUCAGGGGGGCGUCCUGCCCAACAUUCAGGCGGUGCUGCUGCCCAAGAAAACCGAGAGCCACAAAGCCAAGGGCAAGUGAGUGCGGAUGCCAGCCCCCCAAAACCAAAGGCUCUUUUAAGAGCCACC